AUGCAGCUGGGAAUGGAAAACUUGGCUCCUGAGUGGAUGACAGGUAAGACAGGAUGUAUCCACCAGUGCACAGGUGUCAAAUUCAAGUCUGGCCCGUGGAACAAUUAUAUCUGGCUCACGAGAUCAUAUCAUAUAUUUGUAUUAUUAUUGGCCCACCAGUACGAAGUCUGCAGAUUUCCUCCAGAAUUAUAAUGUAAACUUUGAUUUUGUGCUUUGAUUUUGUUCAACUCAGUAUUUAGAUUGAUGUCAUUUUAAUCAUUUAGAUUCCAAUUUAAAACUUUAAGUCAUAUUUUGACUUUAAACUCUUGAUUUCAAAAUGAUCUCAUAUUUUGACCUUUCAAACUUUUGAUUUUAAAUUUCUCCUCAUGUAUUUGCUCUUUAAAACCAUUAUUUUACUAUCGUGUUCGGAUAUAUCGAACUAACCUAUUGGAUUUUUUUAAAUCUCAGAUUGCCAAUAAAUUUAUCUUUUUUACUUUUGAAAUUUCCAAGUGGCUUAUGAUCAUCUCUGAUUUUGUUAUAUAUUUUGAAAAGGAGGCUGACAGUUUGGGUUAAAUGUUGACCCUGUUGGGCCCUCAGAGGCCUGUACUAUGAAGCUGGAUUCGGUCUUAGCGAGAUAACUUCUGGGUUUUCCGUACUACAAAAGGUGGAUCUCUUUUUAUCCGGGUCUGUUACCCCGGUAACUUACGUGGAACGCCAAACCUGCUCCGGAGCAGGUUAUGUUUCAGGAUAAGAGCUCGGCGGGUAUAAAAGACCGCCCACUGACCAAUCAGUUCUCUUGGAAAAUGGCUUGCCCACUUUUGCCGGAUUGCGUGGACGCCGUUACUCGGAUUGUGAGAGGAGUGCUUCGACGAGAGCGCUAUUUUCGUGACAGAUGUAACCCCUUUGAUUUACCAGAUGACGUUCUGUACGAGCGUUACAGAUUUUCUUUUGAGGGGCUGCUUUAUAUAAGUGAGCUGUUGGAGCCUAACGUGGCGAACGUCACUCACCGCAGUCGGGCUCUCACAGUCCCGCAGACCGUUUGCCUCGCGCUGAGGUUCUUUGCCACCGGUGAGUAUUCAUACAGAUUUACUUGUCCAAUUACAACUAACAAAGCACGGCUCGCAAGAAAGGACUAUAGAAGAAUUUGUAUGAGUCUCCUUUAUUCCCCCACUCAUCCAUUUCCUCCAAACACACAGGCGCUUUUUAUGUAUGCUGUGGGCAAUCCACAAAGUGGCGAGGGCACUGACUGAUCUGCUGGACAAGUUUGUCAUUUUCCUCGGACAUCUGCCUCUGCAUGCAAUCAAAGAGGGGUUUUAUGCACUGGCAGGUAGGUCCAUAAAUGGCAAGUCCACAUAUUAUACUUUUCCAUGUAUGUAUUUGGAUAUUCAAACCUAAUUCUCUUUUCUCAGGCUUCCCCAGAGUGAUGGGGGCCAUAGACUGCACUCACAUCCCCAUUACAGCCAGUCUGGGACCAAAUGAGGCAGACUAUGUAAACAGAAAACAUUUCCACAGCAUCAAUACUCAGGUAGUGUGAAGUCUAAGCAAUACACAAAUAUUUGUAAUAUACUAAUAUAAUUUCCAGUUUCAUGUGGCAUAUCAGUCAUUUUGAGUGUAUUUAAGCAGAUUCGAAAACUCCUGUUAACACCAAAUGUGUCUGCAGAUGACAUGUGACCAUCAAAUGAUGGUCACUAGCCUUGAGGCAAAGUGGCCAGGUUCUGUGCAUGAUUCCCGGAUCUUCAGAGAGUCACAGCUGUGCAGGAAACUCGAGCAGGGUAAAACUACUGUACACUGAAUUUGUUCUUUGAUGUCAACCACAUUUUCAGCUCCUCAAUGCUCUUCCUCUUUAUCUGCAGGGCUCUUCAGUGGAGUGCUGCUGGGAGACAGAGGGUCCCCCCUCCAGCCCUACCUGCUGACCCCCUAUCCUGACCCUGGUGCCGGUCCACAAACUUUGUUUAAUGUGGCCCUGGCUAAAACAAGGGUCAGGAUAGAGAUGACCUUUGGGGUCAUCAAGGCCCGCUUCAACUGUCUCCGUGGGCUCAGGAUGGCUCCAGAGAGGGCCUGCAGGGUGAUUGCAGCUUGUGUGGUGCUGCACAAUAUUGCAGCCAUACCAUACCAUCCCAGAAUGCUUUGCGUGCGGCUGCACAGCUGUGUAUUUCAGGUGAGAGGCUGGACUCGCUUGGAGACACAGCACGUCUUCAAAGAAAAUGCAAGAAAUCCAAAAACAGCAGACAGUCAGCCCAGGGUGUAUGAGAGCAUGAUCUCUGAACUCACUAAAAUCUGCAAACCUAACAUUACAGAUUUAGAGACAACUUAUCCGCUCUGCUUCAACUAUCAAAAACAUUAGAAAUAAGAAAGCUGACAAAACUACAGCAAAUGAUCAGGACAACAUUGAGUUUGUUUUCUUUUAAGAUUUAGAGAUUAAAGUUGUAAAUUUAAGAGAAUAAAGUCAUAAAGUGGAAGAGACGCUGCGCCGCCGAGUAAGGCGGCGACGGAGGCGCCUUGUAUAUUAUUUCAUGAGAAUGCGUGCCGAAAGUGGAGAGGUAAACCUGUUAUUUAAUCUGGCAUUCAUCAGCCAGACAACAGUUGUGCCAUUGUCACUCCCUGUGUAUCACGUGAAUUCCCCCUUUAAUUCACAACAGUGCAUGUCAUGGAAAUCUUCAUAGGUGUCAAAAAAUAUUAUUUCGUUUACUAACAUCAGCUGAAAAGCCAACAUUGGCUGUAAGUACAUGAGACAUUAAGCUGCACAAUUCACAAUCAUUGCAAGCGACAUCCAUGCCAUGACCGUUCUUUCUCCUGCUUUGUUCCUAACGCAGACCGGACCCCUGAACUGCAGGUUACAUAUGGGGGUUUCGGUCCACCAACGGUUUUUCGCACCAGGGAGGACUUCAGGCUGAGCAGAGAGUCCCUGGCAGUGCUGCUGGACCUCCUCCAUCAGGAGCGGAGGCAGUGGAUGGGGCGCCACAAUAGAGACUCUGGUUCUCCUUUUUUGGCUGGCCAGUGGGGCAUCAUACCGGGUGGUCUCAAGGGUGUUUGGGAUGCCACUGUCCACCACAUCGUCCACCAAGUUACGGAGGAGGUAGUGGCCAUUCGCCACAGGGUCAUCUACCUCCCGAGGUCCGCUGACAACCUGGCGGCCGUAACUAGCCGCCAGGGCUGGCUAGGCACCGUGCUUUUCUCAAAGCUGCCGGUGCAAUCGACGGCUGCCAUGUCAGAAUUAAGCCACCAAGCGGUCCUGAUGGUCACUGUUACAUCAACAGGAAACUGUUUGCGUCUAUCAUCAUGCAAGCAGUCUGUGACCAUCAGGGCCGCUUUAUCGACACCUACGUGGGCUGGCCGGGGUCUGUGCAUGACACCAGGGUACUCCGGCACAGCCCACUGUACAGGCAGAAUAUCUACCCUCCUCCAGGGCAUUUCAUUCUCGCAGACAGCAGGUACCUGUGCCUCCAGCACCCAUCCCCCUCAUCACUCCCUACAGGCUGCCGGUGCGAGGUGUGGCGGCCCGAGGCUUUAACGGGCAUCAUGCCAGGGCACGCUCUAUAAUUGAGCGUGCCUUUGGCAUGAUGAAGACCCGCUUCCAUGUCAUCUUUAUAAAAGCGCUGGAGAUCCACCACACCUUCGUGCCACAGGUAUGUCAUCACUGCACACAAUAUUUUUGUUAUACUUGAAUAUAUAUAAAUUAAUUAAUAAAUAAAUAAAAACACGAAAAAUUAUAAUAUAUUAUUAUACUUACAUUGCUAUAUUUUUUUAUUUAUUAAAAAGGUCUACAUACUUUAUGUUCAUAUAAAUAUUCCUCUAAAAUUCAGGUCAUCACCGCUUGUGCCGUCCUGCAUAAUAUCUGCCUGGGUGCCGGUGACACCAUGGCACCAGAGGAAGAUGUGCAGGACGGCAUGCCGGGGGAUGAGGUGGAGGACAGGCUGGAGGCAGUCAGUGGUGCCCGCUGGCGGAACAGAUUGUCCGCAGAGGUGUCAGCCCUGGAGGAGGUAGACGAUGACCAUGUCUACCUGUAAUCGGCAAGUACAAUUCAUCUAAAGUUUCUCCUCUGUGUGGCACAGAAUGUUUGUUGGUUACUGAUCAGCUUUUUAGACCUCAGAAGAUCAGACUUAAAACUUGUUGGACUCUGUUAGCCUACUCUUGUCUCUCUCUAUAAAACAGGCAUGGCAGCCGUCGAACCAGCCCUGCAAACCCGGACGAUGUGAAGGACAGUGGAGACAUGCAGCCCAAACACCCAGACCACCCACAUGAUGUCCCACUGCCAGAGUCUCUAUUGUGGUGUCCCAUCCAGCCCAGCAGCACUACCAGAGACUCCUGCUCAGCCUGGAGAAGAGGAGGCACCAUGACAGGGCAGGCAAUAGCCUAA